AUGCCUAAUCCAAUUACUGGCGAUCCCAACGCUCGCGACAUUUCUCAGUUUGCAAAUGGCUUAACAGGCACUUGUCUCUGCGGCGCAGUCCGGGUUACCAUCCACGACGACGAGCUGUUCACCAAGCGCCGUGGCCAUCUCUGCCACUGCGAAAACUGCCGAAAGGUGUCGGGCAGUCAUGUGGCCCCAAAUAUCGUGAUUGAGAGCGACAAGGUCGAGAUACAGGAUACAGAGGGUACGCUGAAGACGUAUACGGACUACGCGACAACUUCCGGAGUGCCCAUAGUUCGGUAUUUCUGCGCAAGAGAUGGGAGUCCAAUCAAUUCCACGUCUGAAAAUCUACCCGGGAUGUUCGUUGUCAAGUUAGGCCUAUUUCCUCGUAUUCCGGUCCCGGAAAUGGAGACCUUUGCACUUCAUCGACAUCCCUGGGAGCCGGCGGUUGAAGGAACGGUGAAAUUCAAGUUAGGAUUCGGCGGUGAAGUGAUUGAAGAGAAUGAGGGGUAUAGUUCGAUCUAA